UUAAGAUAAAUAUAUAUACAGUAAAAUAUUAUGAAUUCGAUUUCACUGUUUCAUUAUAAAAAGGAAGUCAUUAAAAUUAAGAGAAAUGUAUAAAGUAAACAUGGAACUAAGUUGUUCGUUUUUCAAUAUAUUCAUUAUUUUGCUUGUUUCUGUUGAUUAUACAAAAUGUAUGUCAAAUGUAAUAAGUGGCAAAAUACUUAUACCAGUAUCAUUUGGGGCUUAUGCUUCAUUGGAUUAUCCAUUCAUAGUAUUGUGGGGGGAACAUAUUUAUAGACCUUACAAAAUACCAUUUUAUUAUGGUAAGUAUAACGAUAAAUAUAAUUACUACUAUUAUCCUAAUUAUAAUUCGCAAUCGGUGGUACCCACUGAAUACAGUUCAUCAUCAUCAUCAUCAUAUGAGAAUUAUGGAGAUAAUCAUAAUAAUGAAAUACUGGAAAGUGAACGACAGGCGGAAAAUUUAUAUUAUUAUGACAGAAAUACAAAUUAUAAAACUUCACCUACCAGUCAAAAAGAUGAUCGAAGUUAUAAAAAUGACAAUUAUCAGACAUCCUUUUAUGAUAAUAUUAAAUAUACCCAGCCAGAUUAUAACGCAGUUAAGAAAAAUAAAUCAAAUUCUAUGUAUAGUAAAUACAAUUACAAGAUGCCUGAAGUUACAAAUUCACAUAACAGGAAACGCUUACACAAAAAAUCGACAUACAAGUAUAAACCUAAUGUACAUAAACUAAAGAAAUUCGGAUAUAAUGAUCAAUACAAAGUAUCAAGGACAGUUUAUUCUAAUGAUAACCUUAGAAAAUAUCACAACAAUAACAGAAAAGUAAGUUAUCAAUCAAGUAAAUCUAAUGAUCACCAUCAUAUCGAUGAUCACCAUCAUAUCGAUAAUCAUCAUUAUAUCGAUGAUCACCAUCAUAUCAUUGAUCAACAUCAUAUCGACAAUGAACAUCAUAUCGAUAAUCACUAUCAUAUCGAUGAUCACAUAAUUAGGUCUUUAAACAAGAAUAACGAUAAGUUUGCAACAAUGAAAUUGAAAUAUCAUGAUCAACUUAUUGAUUAUAUGAGUAAACCGGAUUAUGAUAAUAAAAAUUAUGAUAAAUUUAAUUAUAGAAAAUAUCAAAAUCCUAAACGUGUUUACAAGAAACCAAUGAUCAAUAGUCGAGAAAUGUUAAAUGAUGUUUAUGAAAAGAAGAAAUCAAAGAAUGGCGAUAAAAAACGUCGAGAGGAAUACAGUGAUGAUCGAAAUGAUAAACCAAAACCUGACAAUGAAAAGGAUUAUAUUGAUAGAAAAACUAAUUAUGAUGAGGGGAUAAAUAGAAAAGCCCCAAAAAACAAAAUGGGUAAAUCAGAAAAGAAGAAAGGAGACAAUAAGGAAGAGGUUAAUAAAGAAGUAAAACAUCCAAGUGAAGAUGAUGUUAGUGUGAUUAAAGUGGUCAAUGAAUACGCAUAAACAUAGAGUAAUGAAUAUAAUAAUAAUGUAAUGAUAAUUUAAUCCUAAAUAUAAUAAUUUAAUAUAAUAAUAUGGUUGCCUUUUUAUAAUUCUGUUAUGAACUGUUGAUCAUUCAUUCUGAAAAUCAAAAUGAACUUGAAUGAAUAAAAGUUGGUAAAAUGAUUAAUCAGGUUUGCAAUAAAACUUAUUUCUUUUUCUUAAAAAAAAACUUUUGUACAGACUCAUUGUACUUAAGGGUUUAAUCUACUGAUUACGCUCACUUUUAACGCCCGUUCAGUCGAGUUAUGCAAGGAGACAGGAGACCAAAACUGCGUAGCAAACUUUAUUGCCAAUAGCUAAAUAGUGGUGCUUGUAGUUCAUACAAAUAUUUAGAUGAUCAAAAUGUUAUAGAAAAAAAAAACAAUCUUUUAUAAGUGACAAUGGUUAAGUGAAUAAUUUACCAAUCAUAGCUUGAUCAUAUUUGGAUCUUAUUUACUGAAUAAAAUCUUACGUCAUUAUGUGGUUUGUACAACUUGAUUUUGAAUGUAAUUCUUACAGAAAUUGUAAAUAGCUAAUUUUGCAAUACUUUUUAUCCAUAAACUUGUUUUUUGGAAGUUGGAUUUCAGAGACGUUUGUGCCAAAAUCUAGCUACCUGUUUACUUUUAAAAAUUUAGAACUAAAUAAAUUCAAUUCUUGC